AUGGCAUCCUGCUUAUCACCUGUGGAUAAAGAGCAGCGACUUCUACAUGAGACAAAACUUCUGAAGGACACUUUAGAUUUAUUAUGGAACAAAACACUAGAACAACGAGAAGUAUCAAACAGAAUGCACCAAGAAAAUAGGUAUUUAAAAGAGUAUAUCAAUAGUUUUAUGUCAUCUAGUAAUGUACUAGAUAAAUAG